CACAAUACCGAUAAUGUCUUAACUGUCCGUAACCCUAUCAGAAUUUAGAAUCACUCGACACUCAAUCAGUCAUCAGAUGUCUUGAUUGUUUUUGGAAUGAGGAUAAAAAAUAAUUUUAAAUUCAUAUUUUAAUUAAUUUCUGUAAUUCAGUGCUUCAGUAUGCAAUAGUAACACAUUCUUAAUUAGUAUUUACUUGUAAUACUGAUGUCUAAACAGUUUAAAAGUAGAAAAUUUGAAUUUGUAAAUUGCUGUUCCUUUUAAUUAAUAUUAAAUUUAAUUAGAUAACAAAACUUUUAUUUCAAACAAAUAGAAGUAUGCUUAUCCAGCAAAAUCUAUUUGUGAGUGUCAAAUAAACUGUAACUUAUUAAAUUAUUGAAAUAUUGCUAUAAAUCAUGAAGUUUAAUAAGCAAUUAGAAACGGUUUUACAAAUUUUAAAAGAAAAAGCACAAAACAAGAUUUCCGAAUCUAAUAGUUCACGGGCUGAAUUAUUUAACCGACUUGCAGUUUAUCGUCCUGAAUAUGAUAAAGUUGUUUCAUGGUAUGAACGAGUGACUGGUUUAAGUGAAGUUCGAGUAGCCCAAGAUAGAGUGUUAGAUUCUCAAAAGCAAUUUAUGAAAGCUCAAGAUAGAAGAAGAGAUGUAUCUGUAGAACUAAGAACAAUUCAAAACAAACUAAAAGACAUACGAAAUGAACUUCUAAAUACCUCUAGAGCAGAAGAUAGAUACAUUGAAUUAGUAACACAAGAACAUGCAUUAUUAAAACAAGAAAAUUCAAUCAUUGAUCGGGUUAAUUAUUGUGAAAAAGAUGAAAGAGAUAGUUUUAUAUUGCUAUCUACCACCUUGAAAGACAGUCAUGACCGAGAAAGAAUACAAGCGGAAAGAACUAAAUAUGUAUCUAUUGUUGGCUCAAUUCUUGGUACUAUUAUUGGUAUAAUUGGAAGUACUGUAAUAAAUGCAUGGAAAAUGAAUGAAUUCAAAAGAAUGGUGUUAGAUGCCAAAUUGGAUUCAUCAAAUUUAAAUAAAAAUGAUCAAAUAAAACAUUUAUUGUUACAAGUUCAAAAACAAAAUAAAAUGUUAAAAAAUGUAGAGUUGAAGUUAAACUCAAAUAAUGUGACAAGUAUCUUAGAGCCAGACUGGAAAUAUACUGGCCGAGAUGUUAUUAUUCUAACAACUAUUAAUUGUACUAUAGUUGCUUUAUCAGCAUAUUUAGUAUCAAAAUUGUUUUAAUCCAUGAUGUUUAAAAUUUGGUUUUCAUUAUUGUUAUUAG